AUCCCUGCAACCUUACUCGUCCUUCGAUCAGACCGAACCCAGUCAAUCGUUGAUCAAAUUCUGGGUCGGCGCCGCAUACGACGCCCUUUAACUCAAGUUCCUGUCCUCCAUAAACUUUGGCGCUCGACUGCGAAUUGGCCUACCUCCUCCCUUUGACACCCGUUCAUCAUUCGCCAGAAACGGUCUUUCCGCGCGCGCAUCUUUUGGUGUUCGUCCCUCCCUGUCUCGUUCAGAGAAUGACAGGGCUUUAUGACCUCGCCCAAGCACGCCCCCGGAGACCUAACUGGCGCUUUCCCUGCAAAACAUCCGAUUGCGGACAAGAGUCUAUCUCAUUCACUAAAGCGGUCACUCGUCUCACGAUCCGGCUCUCCGUCGCAUGACGUCCCUCCCACUAAGACCGCGAAACGAUCCUUUUCCGCUAAUCCUCGAGAUCUCCAACGCCAUGACAUGACAGACAACCAUCACGGUGGUCAGGAUGCGGAAUGGGAAGAGGGAGACCCGACGGACGAUCCAUCAUCACACCUGGCCAACCAGUCAGCCCCAGCUGCGAAGUCUACAUCAUUGCUGGAAGUAGCUGCAAGUGUGUUCAAUCAAGGAGAAAACAUGACACCGGUCAAGAACCCCGUCGCGGGGCGAGGGUUCGUGGGAACAAGAAUACCGAUCAGGUCGUCUCCUCGUGGUGAGGAUGCAGGUGCCGAGCAGAGUGACGUUGCCAGACCCAGGGUUCCUUCAGAUCCACGGGUACCCAGCGGAGCACAGUUGUUGCAUUCGGUCGCACUGGGGGAGUAUCUGCAAUUGGAUGAAAGACCGACAUUUGUCGUGGAUGUCAUGGACGAAAUGAAGACAAUCGUUGGGCUCCCGAUCCUUUUCGGGAAUGCCGCGUUGAAAUCCCGGCCGGCGCUUUUGGACCAUGUGCAAGGAAGGUCGGAAGAUCCUACCAUGUUACUUGACCUGGGAACGUCCUUUUCCGAUUUCAAGGCAUGGGUGUCAAGUCCAGCAGUAGGUUCAGAUCUGGUCUCGACUUUUCCCUUCGCUGGCCUACUAUGGCAAAGCUCUCUCAUUAGGAAACGAUUGAAGGUGAUCCAUGGGCAUUCCCAUCCUUUCUCGCCUGCGCCGAUGCACGAGAUCUACGCCCGAGGACAUAUGCAGCAAUUCAAGGGCUUGGGUUCCGUCUCCUCCUCUGGAACCGGGCGCGGAGAUAUUGCGUCCACUGGCUACUUCGAUCUUCCUGCCCGAACCAGUGGACGCAUACCAAAUGCUUUACAGGAUAUGGUGAUCGACGUGUCAGAUGCAUCGGCAGGCAGUCCAGAGCCCCUCUCUCCAGUAUCAGCUGGGGACGUCAAAUGCGCCGACCUUCUCUCGGGGUCCGCGUCGCCAAUUAGAGAUCAAAAGCCGCAAAUAACAAGCACGGGAACAGAUACCGAAUUGCUUGUUCCGAUUGGAGAUAAAGGCUGUUUUGACUGGACACGUUUACCCAUAUCGCCGUCCCUACCAUCGCACGUCCAAUUUGCUCGGGGUGUCAAUUGGGCAGGUACCAGUCUCGGUCCUAUAGAAAAUUGGCCUCCCGAUCUUCGUGGUAUGUGCAACUUGAUUAUGGCGAGUCCGCAUCCGUCAGCAAUGUACUGGGGAUACGAUCAUAUCGCGAUCUAUAACGAAGCUUAUGUGUUGCUUGCUGGCCAAAAGCAUCCACAGCUGAUGGGAAUGCGCUAUCGAGAUGCGUGGGCUGAAAUUUGGGAUGCCAUCGAAGAUGUCUUUGAUAGCGCUUUCAAAAAUGCCCAAGCCACGAUGAAGGAUGAUGACUGUCUGUUUAUCAUGCGCAACGGCUUCUUGGAGGAGACCUAUUUCUCUUGGUCCAUUAUACCCCUGAUUGGCGACGACGGGAGCGUAGUUGGUCUGUACAAUCCUGCGUUCGAAAAGACGCGGCGGAAGAUUGCCGAACGUCGUAUGCUCACACUCCGCGAGAUUGGGGAGCGAAUCGCCGCGGCGCGAAAAGUACCCCAGUUUUGGGCCCUGCUGCUCGAGGGGUUGGAGUUUAAUGAGUAUGACGCGCCUAUGGUUUUGGUAUACUCUCUCAAUGAGGAUACUUCGGACAAUGAUGCUGCGUCCUCAACUUCAAGUGGCGGAGCAUCGAACAAAGUGUGCUUUUUGGAAGGUGCGCUUGGGAUACCUCCAGGACACAAAGCCGCACCUGAAGUCAUCGACAUGAAAACGGGUACUGCAGGGUUUGCAUCCUCAUUUCGACAAGCCUUGACCACGGAUCGGCCAAUCGUGCUGCGAGUCGACGACGGCACACUUCAGGCUGAAAUGUUGGAGGGCAUUGAAUGGCGAGGCUUCGGAGAUCCGUCAAAAAUUGUGGUCAUAGCCCCCGUGCGGCCCACUACCGGUGAGUCUACAUUAGGAUUCCUCGUCAUGGCUACAAAUCCCAGGAGGCCUUAUGACGAAGACUAUGAUCUAUUCGUCCAGCUGCUUGGUCGACAGUUGGCAACUUCUAUAGCAUCUGUGGUCUUGUUCGAGGAGGAGAUCAAGAAAGGUGAAAGAGCCGCUCAAUUGGCCGCCCAAGAUCGAAUCGAGUUGAACAACCAGCUGGUCGCGAGGACCCAACAAGCUGUCGAAGCGGAGAACAAGUUCACUCGAAUGGCCGAACUAGCUCCUGUUGGUAUAUUCAUAGGUGAUGCCGAUGGGAAGAUCAACUUCGUCAACGACGCGUGGUAUAGUAUCACAUCAUUUCCACGUGAUCUCAUGGUGGAGGACGAAUGGAUCGAGUACGUGGCGGACGAGGAUCAACCGAAAGUGCGCGAAGCGUGGAAGACUAUGCUUGAUAAGAGGUGCGCAGUGUCGCUGGAGUUCCGGUUUAAGACACCAUGGCGUGAUAAACCCGGCAAUACGGGAUUGACGUGGGUUCUCACGAGUGCUUCACCAGAACGAGACGAAGACGGUCAAACACAUCGGAUCUUUGGGUCCAUGACCGAUAUUAGCGCACAAAAAUUCGCAGAGAGCCUUCAGACGCGCAGAAUGGAGGAGGCUGUUGAGCUCAAACGGCAACAGGAGCGAUACAUCGAUACCACGUCGCAUGAAAUGCGCAAUCCGCUGUCCGCAAUUCUGCAAUGUGCAGACUCCAUCACAACUUCCUUGGGUGAGUUAGCUGAAACGACUCAGUUGUCUGGACCUCAAAAGGAUAUACUUGAACUCACCAUUGAUUCCGCGCAAACCAUCACCCUGUGCGCCCAACAUCAAAAGAGGAUCGUGGACGACGUUCUGACGCUGUCUAAGCUGGAUUCGGCGAUGAUGGCUGUGUCGCCAACAGACACACAGCCAAUAACUGUGGUCCACAGAGUUCUGAAAAUGUUCGAUGCAGAAUUAAAGACAAACGACAUCAAGCUCGAUAUCAACAUCGACCGUUCUUAUGCCAAUCUACGGCUGGACUGGGUGCGCUUGGAUCCACACCGACUUUCGCAAGUCCUGAUCAACCUGAUGACCAACGCCAUAAAAUUCACCGCUAGGCAAGAAACUCGCGUGGUACGCAUGCACAUUGGGGCUUCGAAAAGCAAACCUUCGCAAGAGGACAAGUGGAGGUUGACAUAUAUCCCCUCUCGCUCCUUGAAAGACAAAGAUGUGACUGCUGGAGGUGAAUGGGGUCUGGGAGAGCCACUCUUCGUCCAUUUUGCAGUACAAGACACCGGAAGUGGUUUGGAUGACUUGGAGAAAAAGCAGCUCUUCCAACGAUUCUCUCAAGCCAGUCCUCGUACGCACGUCACGUACGGCGGUUCUGGCCUUGGGUUGUUCAUCUCGAGGGAGUUGGUAGAGCUUCAAGGAGGUGAAAUUGGAGUCGCAUCUCAAAGUGGAAAAGGAAGCAUAUUCGCUUUCUACGUCAAGGCUCGGAGAAGCCCAGAUCCUGACGGUAAGUCUGACGGCGAGUCCGCUUCGCAGAAGAAGAGCACGAGACCGGCGCUGUUGCCCAACCUCAGCACACCGAAUAUCUCGUCUGCACAAACAACCCAGUCCAUUCCUCCCAAAUCGAAUGCUUCAAGCAAAGUCUUGCUCUCAGCUCCGGUGCAUGUGUUGGUCGUGGAAGACAACCUCAUCAAUCAGAAAGUUCUGGCCACGCAACUACGCAAGAUCGGCUGUGUCGUCUACGUUGCCAAUCACGGCGGCGAGGCUAUUGACAAGAUACGGCAAUCCAAGUUCUAUCGAGAACGUGUCACAAACGGCCUGGAUAUUGACGUCGUGUUGAUGGAUCUCGAGAUGCCCGUGAUGGACGGUCAGACCUGCGCCAAGAAACUCCGCGAAAUGCAGAGUUCCGGCGAACUGGUUGCGCAUAUACCUGUGAUAGCGGUAACGGCGAAUGCAAGGGCCGAGCAAAUCGAAAUGACUCUGAAGAGCGGUAUCGACGACGUCGUCAGCAAGCCAUUUCGAAUCCCGGACCUCGUGCCCAAAAUCAAGGACGUUAUCGAAAAGGUCUCAAAACUGGAAGGCACGGUUGAAGUCCGCAAGCCUACAUGAGCAAGAAAGCUUGGUGGUCUGAGGACAACCUAACUAUGACGGGUCCCCACAUAUCGUGCGCCGCUGCUCCACCAUUCCGUCAAAGAAAGGGGCUGUGGAAGACGGUUUGGCACCGCGGCGGCCAUGGUCGAUGUUGAAUAUUCAAGAAAGAUAGUUG